AUGGACAACAUCGACGAGGAAUAUGACCGGCUUGUUGAACACCUUCACGACUGCGCGAAGAAGGCUGAGAGUUUUAAAACCACCAAGAGGCGCCUGUCUCUUGAAGCUCUUGAGCUGAUACCCCAGCGUGGAGCAGCACGAGCCGCAGGGAACCAAGAACUCACGUCCGAGCUCGCAAGGCUUUGCAGAGAGGCGAUAGAGGAAGGCCUUAAAGAGAGAAGAGCAGAAGUGCUGGCUGAAGCUGCAGAGGCGGAGAAAAGCAUCCGCUAUGUCCUUCAAGACUUCGCCAGUCGCAAGACGAGGAUGACUGCUCUCCGAAACCCAAAGGGAACAGCCAUUGCAUCGAGAAGGGGGAUGGAUAAAAUCAUCUACGACUUCUACUCUGAUCUCUUCGACAGCCAUGUCCACUUACCUCCUCACCAUCUGAGGGAAGAUGGACAAGUCAUUCCAGAGGUUCUCCCGUCCGAAAUACGACAUGCUAUCAUGUCAGUAAGAAAUCGUACGGCACCCGGUCUCGACAGAAUAAGACCAGAACACCUGAAGAGCCUUCCGCCAGUACUCAUCAACACCCUGGCGAGGCUCUUUACACGUUAUCUGUCGGAAUGCAAGGUUCCUAAACAGUGGAAGACCAGCAAGACCGUGUUGUUGUAUAAAAAGGGAGAUCCACAUGACAUCGGCAACUAUCGUCCAAUCUGCCUACUGUCCGUCAUCUACAAGCUCUCUACAAGAGUGAUCCUUAAUAGGAUUGAAAAAGUCUUGCAUGAAGGACAGCCAUGCGAACAAGCAGGGUUCAGCACGAUUGACCACAUUCACACUGUUUUGAAACUCAUCGAGGUAUCACGAGAGUACAAGAUGCCGCUCUGUCUCACCUUCAUCGACUUGAAAAAGGCCUUCGACUCAGUUGAGACGGAAGCGGUCGUGGAAGCCUUGGACAACCAAGGCGUCCCUACUCAGUACAUAAAGGCACUUCGAGAGUUGUACAGUAACUUCACGACCGGAAUUUCGCCAUUCUACAAGAACAUCAUCAUUGACGUUAAGAGGGGGGUCCGACAGGGUGAUACAAUUUCACCCAAAAUAUUCACAGCCACCCUCGAGAACGUAAUGCGAAAGUUGGAAUGGGACGACAUGGGAGUGAAAGUUGAUGGUCGGCAGCUACACCAUUUGCGCUUUGCUGAUGACAUCGUACUGAUAACACCUAGCAUCAGCCAAGCGGAGCGAAUGCUGACCGAAUCUGACGAAACAUGUGGAUGCAUCGGUCUUCAGCUGAAUCUACAAAAGACGAUGUUCAUGCGGAACAGAUGGCUCUCGGAUGCCCCAUUCACGCUCAACGGAACGAACAUAUCCGAAUGCACCAGCUUAUCUAGUUCGGCAAUUGAACAUGAUGAACGACCUGACCCCCGGCUUGGGGAGCGUACAAGAGCAUCGAGGAUGUAG